GUAGAAUCAUGGCUGGGUCCGGGCAAAAUUCACAGCCGGUAGUGCUGAAGCAUCGGCGUACCGCACUCGAACGAGUCGAAAAGUUUGUCUCCGACGUCUAUUUCACGGACUGUAACCUCCGGGGCAGGCUGUUUGGAGAUACCUGCUCAUUGGAAUCUCUCUCCUGCUUUGAAACCCCUCGACGGAUAUCAUAUGAGGAAGCUGUCAGACAAGAAUUCCGGCCUUUCAAAGUUGGGGACUGUUUUGGAAAGACAUGGGAGACUUGUUGGUUUAAAAUCGAUCUCAGCAUCCCCAGAGAGUGGGCAGGCAAAGAAGUACACCUUCAGUGGGAAAGCGAUGGCGAGGGAAUGGUUUGGAAGGACGCACAGCCUGUUCAGGGCUUGACUCAAGAAGGCGAGAAGACCAGCUACAUCUUGACAGACUGCCUUAAGGAGAAAGACCCUCACGGCCUGACCCUGUACGUGGAGGUUGCCUGCAACGGUCUCUUCGGAGCUGGGAAAGGCAGCAUGAUUGCCCCGCCGGAUCCGGACAAGAAGUUCCUCUUGCACAAGGCUGAGCUGGUGGUCUUCAACAAGGAUGUCCAUGAACUUCUGAUAGACUUUGAGAUCCUUCUGGAUAUGGCCAAGCUCCUCGGGGAGGAAAACCAGCGGAGCUUCCAGGCACUUUAUGCAGCCAAUCAGAUGGUUAAUCUGUGUGAUGUCACCAACCCAUCGACUUUCCCAUUGGUUCACGAAGUGGCCCGUUCGGUCUUUGGUCAGAAGAAUGGGGACAGCCAGCACGUCAUCCAUGCAAUGGGACACUGCCACAUUGAUUCUGCUUGGCUGUGGCCUUACGAGGAGACGAUCCGUAAAUGUGCACGCAGUUGGGUGACUGUCGUACACCUGAUGGAGAAGAACCCAGAGUUCACCUUCGUCUGCUCACAAGCCCAGCAGUUUGAAUGGGUGAAGAGCCGCUAUCCCGGUCUGUAUGCGAAAAUUCAAGACUUUGCAAAAGAAGGACGCUUCAUCCCUGUUGGCGGCACGUGGGUGGAAAUGGAUGGGAACCUUCCUAGCGGCGAGUCCAUGGUCCGGCAGUUCCUACAGGGACAGCGAUUCUUCCAGCAGGAGUUUGGGAAGCUCUGCUCCGAGUUCUGGUUGCCGGACACCUUUGGCUACUCGGCUCAGCUGCCCCAGCUGAUGCGCGGAUGUGGGAUACGCCAUUUCCUGACUCAGAAGCUUAGCUGGAACCUUGUGAAUGCUUUCCCGCACAACACCUUUUUCUGGGAAGGCAUCGACGGCUCUCGGGUUCUGGCUCACUUCCCGCCGGCAGAUUCCUACGGGCUGGCCGGACGCGUGCAGGAGAUGUUAAAAACCUUGAAGAACAAUCGGGACAAAGGGCGGGUGAACCACAGCGCCGCUUUGUUUGGGUUUGGAGAUGGGGGAGGCGGCCCGACGCAGAAGAUGCUGGACCGCCUAAAGAGGAUGAAGGAUACAGAUGGCUUGCCCAGGGUUCAGAUGUCGACUCCUGACCAAUUUUUCUCUGCCCUGGAAAAGGCAGAAUCCCAGCUGUGCGCUUGGGUUGGAGAGCUGUUUCUAGAGUUACAUAACGGCACAUACACCACCCAUGGACAGAUUAAAAAGGGGAAUCGGGAGUGCGAACGCCUGCUGCAUGACAUCGAGGUGCUCAGUAGCUUUGCUUUGUCGAGGAAAAGCUCUUUCCGGUACCCGUCUGCCAAGCUGCAGCACCUCUGGAGGUUAUUACUCCUGAAUCAGUUCCACGACGUGUUGCCAGGCAGCUGUAUCCAGUUAGUAGCUGAGGACGCCAUGAAAUACUAUUCCGAAAUUCGUGAUGCUGGAGAUCACCUUCUGACGGAUGCUUUGCAGUCUUUGCUCGGAGACCUGUUGAGCAAAGAUCAAGAGACGGCGGAAAGCAUCCUUAUUGUCAACACGUUGCCAUGGGAACGAACGGAAGUAGUCUCCAAAAGAGGACCAGGUGGAUCUGAGACUUUCGCAUUGGUGACAGUUCCCAGCAUGGGUUAUUGUGCCGUUCGGGAUUCGUUAUCUCCUCCACAUCCCGUCACAGUUACCAAAGCGGCGGACGGUUCAAUUACCAUGGAGAAUGGUGUUAUCCAAGUCCGUCUGGAUAGUACGGGACGUGUGACCUCGCUUCGUUUAAUUCAUUCCGAGAGAGAGACUGUCCCUGAAGGUAGCCAUGCCAAUCAGUUUGUGAUCUUUGAUGACGUUCCUUUGUACUGGGAUGCCUGGGAUGUGAUGGAUUAUCACCUGGAGACCAGGAAACUCGUCACACAACUCCUGAACCCCCUGGAAAUUGUCCUACCAGGUGGACUACGAGGCAGUGUGAAAUUCUCCUUGCGGAUCAGCGAGAAGAGCUUCCUUACCCAAGAGAUCAUCUUGGAUGCUGCGUGCCCAUGUGUCCGCUUCCAAACCCAGGUUGAUUGGAACGAAGCUCACAAGUUCCUCAAGGUGGAAUUUCCAGCCAAGGUUCGGAGUCCAAAUGCGACAUACGAGAUCCAGUUUGGCCACCUGCAGAGACCAACGCAUUGGAACACGUCCUGGGACUGGGCCCGGUUUGAGGUGUGGAAUCACAAAUGGAUGGACCUCUCCGAGCAUGGGUUCGGGGUCGCACUGCUGAAUGACUGCAAAUACGGCUGCUCUGUCCGCAGCAACGUGAUGAGCCUCUCCUUGUUAAGGGCACCUAAGUCACCUGACGCCACUGCUGAUAUCGGACGCCACCAAUUUACCUACGCGGUAAUGCCUCAUAUGGGUUCCUUCCAGGAGGCCGGGGUGAUCCAGAAAGCUUACAACCUGAACUUCCCUCUUCGUACGGCACCCAGUGCCUCAGAGCAGCACCUGGCCUGGAGCGCGUUCUCUGUGGAAUCCCCCGCUGUUGUUCUGGAGACUGUCAAGCAGGCCGAGGACAGGUCAGACGCUCUGGUGAUCCGACUGUACGAGUCGCACGGCAGCACCCUCGUCACCUGGCUCCGGACAUCCGUCCCCGUCCAAGAGGCAGUGCUGUGUGACCUCUUGGAACGACCCUGUCUUGGGAGUUCUCUGCCAUUGGUGGAGCCACGUGGCAUAAAGCUUUCCUUCACGCCAUUCCAAGUGCAAUCGGUCCUGCUGAUCUUGAAACGGCAGGACAGCCCUUGAAGGAGUGGCGAACACCUAUUCCUCCUCUUCAUUAUUUUCUUUCUGGGGUGGGGACGGGGUGUGUGGCUGAACUCAAGCCGGAGAAACCACGUUCGUGCUUGGGAAAGGACUGCAGGAAUUGUAGCGAGGAUCCAAAGUGCUCUGGCAUGGAGGGGCUUUGAACGGACUUCAGCACCAGCUGGCUGAAGUCAGUUCGCCCAAAGCAAGCGGUGGCUGCUUGGCCCACUCUAAAGGAGGAUUUCCCCUCCCUCGUGUGACACAGGCCCUUGAAUCCAGUUACCCGUGACUUGCCUUAGUCUGGCAGGAAUCAAUUUCAUAGGAAGGGUUGCUUUGACUAGGAAAUAAAUACUUUAAGGAACAGGUGGAAAGUAAUGCAAAGCAGUUAUCUAAGUUUAUAUGCGGGUGGACAGCGAUGCCCACUGGUAGAACAGGCUCUGUUUAACAUCCCAAUAUAGGACGAACUCUGCCGGAUCAGUCUAUGGAGUCAAGCAUCCUGUUUCACACAGCGGCCAAGCAGCUGGCAUGGAAGGCCCAAUGAACGGGCACGGAGGGAGAGGCCUUCCCCUGCUGCCACCUCCCGGCAUUGGUGUUCCGAGUUUUGCUGCCACUGGAUAUGGAGGCUGAUUCCGCACACGUUGGAUAAUGUGUUGACACUGAGAGAUCUCUCAGUGUCACAGUGUGGAGAAGAUGUUGGCAGGUAAUUUAGAACCUCCUCAGGAUACACUGAAGCCUCCCUCCAUUAGCAUCCCACACCCUGGGAAACUCUUACAGGAUGACUCAGCCCAAACCCACCUUCCUGAGUAGAUAUAAAUUACCUGCCAACAUCUUCUCCACACUGUGACACUGAGAGAUCUCUGUCUUUCGGUGCUACAUCUCUGAAGAUACCAGUCACAGCUGCUGGCGAAACGUCAGGAACUACAAUGCCAAGACCACGGCGAUACAGCCCGGAAAACCCACAACAACCAUCGUUCUCCAGCCGUGAAAGCCUUCUACAAUAUAUCACUUUAUCAAUUGUUUGAGGUGGAUUUUUUGUUCCACACACAAAAAAAUCCAUUCCAAAUGAUCUAUAAAGAGGAUUGGAAGUGCAUUAUCCAACGUGUGCGGAAUCACUCGGAGACUCCCCUCAGUCACCAUCGAUGGACCAAAUCUCCAUGAAUCUGUCUAACCCGCUUUUAAAGCCAUCAGUGCUCGUGACCCUCAGUGCACUUUCACUGAAUUCCACCAUUUAAAUACUCACUGAGUAAAGAAGUAUUUUCUUUUUUCUGUCCUGAACCUGUUUCCCACAUCUUGAGUACCCCCGAGUUCCAGGAAAAAAUGCUUCUUCUAUCCACUUUCUACAUCCCAUGCAUGAUUUUAUAAACCUCUAUCGUAUUUCCCCUUAGACAUUUUUUUUUCUAGAUUGAAAGGCCCAGGAAAGGAUUGCCAACCGCUUAAUCAUUAAAUACUUUAAUGAUACUGCUCAUGCAGCCUACUUGGCUCUGAGCAGUGCCACACUAGAAUUAGAAUUAAAAGGAAAAGUUUUUAAUAUAUAGUCUGUAUUAAUCAUUGCGGUUGCCAUCCUCUGUACUUUUUCCAACACCUGCGGCAGUAAUAUAGCAUGGCAUAGUGGUGGUUAGAGUGUUGGACUAGGACCUGGGAGACCCAGGUUCGAAUCCCCACUCUGCCACAGAACUUCCUGAGUGACCUUGGGUCAGUCAUACUCUCUCAGCCUAACCUACCUCGCAGGGUCGUUGUGAGGAUAAAAUGCAGAGGAAGAAAGCAGCUUUGUGGUUCUUGUUGCGGAGAAAGGAAUAAAUGAAAUAAACGAAUAGUGAUCUUGAAUAGUUUGGCCUACAUUUUGUUAGUAGUUUGGACUGGGCGCAUCAAAACAGUGCUAAGAGCAAGGCCCCUACAGUCUUUUAAAGGCUUUUCUGGCUGGAAAUCUGGUUUUACAAUACAAG